AUGCAAAACAUCUCUGCAGCGAUUUUUCUUCUUUGUAUCGGAUUGAUCCUCUGCAUAUCAACAGUGGAUGGUGGUUUGUGUUUUUGUGGAUGUUGUGCAGGUUUUCACUGUGAUGUGGUUACAAAACCAACCUUUUCAAUGACUCCAUGUAAUGCAACAGCGUGUUCUCACAAAUGCAAAGAAAUUUACCCAGCAGACUGUGGUGCUCCCGUAUCACAAUCGUGGGCCGCCUGCAAAUCAGCUGCAUCGGAUAUAUUUUAUCGCUCCACAACUUUUGCGACAUAUAUUCUUGCUUUUGCUUCGACGUUCUCAUUUGUAGCUAAAUGA